GUUGCGAUGCCGGGCCAUGCACUCGGCUCAGGCAAUUUUAUACAAAGUGGUGUUACAGGUAUAGGGCACUUCAGCAUAGAUCACUUAUCGCUGAAUUUGGUUUCUACAUGCGUCAAGUAAGCAUCAGGAGUUCGCUUUAGCAAGCCCAUGGACGUACAGCAAAAUGUUGGCAAUGAUGUGGAGGCUUGUUUCUUCGGUGGGUAUCCUCUUUAUCUUAGCAGGGCUGACUUCUCUAGCUCAUAUUACAACGGGUGAAACGACACCAAGUACAACCUCGACGCAAAAUGCGGUGACUGCUUCUUGGUUCGACUCGGGACCAGUUUCCCCGAUAAUAGUAAUCGACCCGGACAACCAAACUGUGACCUACGCCUCGAUGGCUGAGGAUGGUACCGGGCCCUCCUCGACUGCGGGCUACGGAGUGCCCAGGCGGAAUAAUAAGACAGCGAUCUACUUGAGUGCAUACUUCACCUUUGGCGGCGGUUGGGAUGGAAGUGGCAUCCUUCCUGCCUGUCAGAUGGCCCUAGAGCACAUCAACUCACGUCCAGACAUCUUAGCGGGUUACGAUCUUAGAAUGAUUUGGAAUGACACGCAGUGCGAGGCCGGCUUGGGCACCCGUGUGUUUUUUGAUCAGCUUUAUCGCGAGCCGCAGAAGAUCAUGAUCCUGGGCCCAGCGUGCUCAACCGCCACUCAAGCCGUGGCCGAGACGGCCUACUACUGGAAUCUAGUCACGAUGUCGUAUGCGGCCGCCUCGUCUGCGUUGUCCAACCGCAAGAAGUUCCCCUUCUUCUAUCGGACGUACAUGCCGGAUGCCAUGUAUAAUCCCGCGAGAAUACGUCUGAUGCGAGAGUACGGAUGGAAACGGGUGGCCACAAUCCACGAGAACCACGAACUCUUUUCCCUGGCUAUUGACAACUUGUUGACAUUGUUGAAAGAGGCAAACAUCACCAUCAUCUCGUCCGAGAGUUUCUCUGAAGAUCCCCAAAACCAGAUUGAGAAUUUGAAGAACCAGGAUGCUAAGAUUAUUAUCGGGAACAUGUAUGAAGACAAGGCCAGACGGGUUUUCUGUGAGGCCUACCGGCACGGUAUGACAGGAGCCGACCAUGUGUGGAUGAUCAUCGGUUGGUACCGCGAGAAUUGGUGGAUGGACAAGGAUCCGAACAUUAAAUGCUCUGCCCUAGAGAUGAAACUUGCCGUAGAGGGCGUGCAGUACUUCUCCACGGAGAGUCUACAGCUGAGCACGUCGACAGAGCCGACCAUUGCUGGUAUAACACCGGCUGAGUACCAGUCAUUGCUUCGCAAUCGCAUGGAAUGGCCGGAGAAUCGCGGGUACACUUGGAACAGCCUUUCUCCCUACGGCUACGACGCUGUCUGGGCCAUCGCUCUCGCUUUGAACAAGUCUGUGGAAGUUCUCAAGUCGGAAAGGUAUGGCAGACGCCUGGAAGACUUCACCUAUGACGAUCGUGAAAUGGCAGAAUUGUUCUUUAAACUCCUUAACGAGACAGAAUUUACUGGUGUUUCCGGUCCAGUGGGAUUCAAGGAGGGAGAUCGAGUUGGUAUAACGCAGAUUGAGCAGUUACAAGCUUCCUGCCCCGAUGGUUGGCACCUCUAUCUGUCCUCCUGCUUUCGGUUUGUCUCACAGCCUGUGCUUCCCUACGAGAGGGCCGGGAACUUCUGUGCUGCCUUCCGUCCAGAUGCUGCUCUCGCUCACUUUGACAGCCAACUCGACCAUGAAUUCCUCAUCAGUGAGUGGACCUCCAAACCGGAAGCCGCUCCAGACAAAUGGCUGGUGUCUGUACUGCCGAAGGGAGCGAGUGAAGUGAACGCGUCCUGGAUUCCCGCCGGCAGUUCACCACACGUCACCGAAGACGGUGCAUGCGUUUACAUGGACUUUGAAAAAGGCGGGAUACUAGAGAUAGCAGACUGUGACGCUCUGUUUCCAUUUAUAUGCCGUGUCGCUGCAGAUUUUGCUGAGAGACAAGUUGCAUUAUACAGCGCCAUGAAUGACGACAUAGAAUGGCGAAGGGACAUCGUUUGGCAAGGUGACGGCCCUCCAUUAGACCGACCACCGCAGAUUGUUGUGGAGAUCGUGAGGCGAUACCAAGGAAUAUCCUCUGUACUCUAUCUCUGCCUCUGCGGAGUAACAGCCGUCUGUAUAAUUUUGUCUCUUUUCUUUCUGGUUUUCAACGUGAAGUACCGGCAGCAAAGGCAUGUGAAGAUGUCGAGCCCUAAUCUUAAUAAUCUCAUCAUUCUCGGUGCCGUCUUGGUGUACCUGUUCGUCGUCAUCUCUGGGCUAGACACCAAUAUCAUCUCAGAGGAUCUUUUUGAAAUAAUGUGUUAUGUGAAGACGUGGAUUCUAUCUAUUGGCUUUGUGCUGGCGUUCGGGGCCAUGUUCAGCAAGACUUGGCGGGUACAUCGAGUUGCCGCCUUCAAAACUCCCAAACGUCGGAUCGUAACAGAUAGACAGCUCUUUGUCAUGGUCUUUGUUCUUCUCCUCGUUGACGUCAUCAUUCUGAUAAUGUGGCAAGUGAUCGACCCCGUCAAGCUUCAAUCAGAGGAUCUCUACCAGCAGGAUGACCCAGAGAUCCCCAACAGGAUCAUACAGCCUUUCAUCAGAUACUGCAGCUGUGAUACCUUGACCUACUGGCUGGGCGCACUCUACGGCUACAAGGGACUACUGCUUAUUUUCGGUACCUUCCUGGCCUGGGAGACAAGAAAGGUGUCUAUUCCAGGACUUAACGACAGCAAGCUGAUAGGUGUGAGUGUAUACAAUGUGGUCAUCCUGUGUGUGAUCGGUGCCGCGGUUAGCACCGUCAUCAACAGUAACCCGGAAGCCCUCUUCGUCUUUGUCUCUUGUAUCAUUCUCUUCUGCACCAGCAUCACGCUGAUCGUAGUCUUUGUCCCCAAGAUUAUCGCAGUAGUGAAGUACCCCGACGGUGACCCAACUCAACCGGCCGCCCGGACGCGAACAAAUAACGCCAGUGAGACGUCCAGCACGAACACGAGUGUGACGACCGAGAACAAGCAACUCAAAGCCAGAAUUCAAGAGCUGGAGAACCGGAUCAAAGAAGCACAGGGCCACAGUCAGUCCAGCAUGCAUCCUGGGGCCGCUGAGGGCUGUGGGUGCUGGUCCUGCGGUCUGGUCUGUGGUUUUUCUGCUUCCAGAGAGAAAGACUACGGUGCUGAUGAGGCCGUCCCCGCAGAGAUUCACUCCCAACCCGUUGACAUGGAAGAACCUGCCGGUGUGAGCACAGCGGCUGUCUAGCACCCAAAGGCAGUGGAUUUUAUCAGGGCAACUACAGUGCAAGAACGGGUCAAACUAGCUGAAGAGAACAACCUGAUGUCUGUACAGUAGAGUUUUAACUUCAAAUCUAUUUUUAGUGUAUUUGAUUUGUUUCGUCACAUUUCGUGUAAUGGCACGUACCGUUUUAUCUUUGUCAAAAUUUUCCAGUUAAGCGCAGAAAAUGCCGUCACAGCGGAAAAAAAUGCCGAUAACAUUAUUAAUAUUAAAAUUCUGUUUGGGUUCACAAAGAAAAUGACCGGUUGAUCAUGUCAAAAUUAAUGUCGUUGGGUAAAGACAAAUACAGGCUUCAAUCGCAAAAUAUUAAGUCUGUGUUUGUACCUGUAGACGGUCACAUCAGUUAGAAUGAACGACGCAAGACCUAAACGCUGUGUGAAGCUUGUGCCGAUCGACUCUUAAAGUUGUGUAAACGAUUUACAGUAAUCUAUAUCCUUAUUUACUCAUAUGACAAAUACAUGUAAUGCAAAGCUUUGACGAUAUGAAGAAUUGUACGAUUAAUCACAAAUAUAAAUUUGACUAAAUGUGAAUUCUCAGCAGGAAAACAUUUGGUGAUUUCAAAAGUACUGUCCUGUGUGUGCACUUAAUUUAAAAGCAACACAAUUUGUGAAAUAACAGUUUUCAUCUAAACAAUGGAUAUUACUUAUUCUGUUCAGGAUUUGCACAAAAACAGUAUUAUAUAUAAAAAUUAAGGUCAUAUAGUGCACAUAUCUCGACUAGCCUCCGUCCAAUCUGUGAUUGUUGUUUAUUUUGUAAACGUAAUUUGCAAAUUGUGCAUUUUGGGGUUUGGUUGCAAAAGAGUUAUUGCUUCCAAAUUGUGCCUCUAUAAAGUUAUACAUACCGUUAAGCCUCAGACAUAUUUUUCCAGACUUCAAAGAUGAGCUUUUUAUAAAAAAAUGAUGGACCGUCAACAUAAGGGGACUAGGUUCUGAGUAACCCACUGGGAAGGAGUACACACCGGUAUCAAGCAAACUAUGGAACAGAGAGACCCCCCCCCCGCCUUUGUGUUGGUCAUUGUUAUACUGGUAUCUCAGGAAUUCUUUUCAGAAAUCUAGGGGGAUGUGUUGAGUGACAAUAGGCUGGAGUGUGUAUAGGGAUUGGACUUGUAUAAAGGAGCAAGUCAACGUUUCACUUGUUGCAGCUUUGUUUAAAUAGCGCCCUCAACCCGAUAAUAAUUGGCAAACGUAGCCACGUAGAACACUGCGCAAUAAUUCGUAAACAAAACAGGGUAGUUCACUGGUAUAUUGAUGGUGGGUUUGAAAGAUGAAAAUGUAAAUGGGAUUGCAAUAUGUUGUGUUGAAGUACUAUAUUAAUAAAAAAAUUGUGUAAGAAAUGUA